CCUCCCUCCUCCCCUCACUACCAUGUCCAUGCUCGAUGAGCCCGUUCCCCAAGAUGAUCUCAUGCGAGAUCGCACGCGUAUAUUCGAAGAGUUUCUCAUUUCCGAAUCAGCAGUGUACAACUACAGAGACGACAUCGCCCGCCUCCUCCGCACAGAUCAGACUCGCCUCGUCAUCAACAUCGACGACCUCCGCGACUACAACCGCGAAUACGCAGAUGGCCUCCUCAAGCAGCCGGGUGACUUUCUCCCCGCGUUCGACGACGCCCUUUCCGAGAUAGUGAAGCAAGUGCACGACCCCGACAAGCACGACCCCUCCAGCAAGAACUACCGCGUCGGCUUCAGCGGCUCGUUCGGCGACCACCAUGUGAGCCCGCGCACGCUCAAGUCGGAGCACCUGGGCAGGAUGAUCUCGCUCGAGGGCAUCAUCACGCGGUGCUCGCUCGUGCGCCCGAAGCUGCUCAAGUCGGUGCACUACUGCGACGAGACGAGCAUGUUCCACUCGCGCGAGUACCGCGACGCGACGUCGUCGACGUCCAACCUGCCCCCGACGUCGAACGUCACGCCGCAGACGGACGACGAGGGGCGCGCGCUCCAGAUCGAGUAUGGGCUGUGCACGUUCCGCGACCACCAGCGGAUAAGUAUCCAGGAGAUGCCGGAGCGUGCGCCGGCGGGGCAGCUGCCGCGGAGCACUGAUAUUAUCCUGGACGAUGAUCUGGUGGACAAGUGUAAGCCCGGUGACCGGGUGCAGCUCGUCGGUCUGUUCCGCAGCGUGGGCGGCGGCGGCAGCGGUGCUUUCAAGUCCCUCAUCCUCGCCAACAACAUCAACCUCCUCUCGUCCAAAAUCGGCGGCGGAAUCGCACAGACGCCGAUCACAGACACCGACAUUCGGCAGAUCAACCAGCUCGCAAAGCGCGCCGACAUCUUCUCGCUCCUCUCCAAGUCGCUCGCGCCGUCCAUCUUCGGACACGACAAGAUCAAAGAGGCCGUCCUGCUCCUGCUCCUCGGCGGCGCGGAGAAGAACCUGCCGAACGGGACGCACAUCCGCGGCGACAUCAACAUGCUCAUGGUCGGCGACCCGUCCACCGCCAAGUCGCAGAUGCUGCGCUUCAUCCUGGGCACGGCGCCGCUCGCGAUCGCGACGACGGGCCGCGGGAGCUCCGGCGUGGGUCUGACGGCGGCGGUGACGACGGAUCGCGAUACGGGCGAGCGGCGGCUCGAGGCGGGCGCGAUGGUGCUUGCGGACCGCGGGGUGGUGUGUAUCGACGAGUUCGACAAGAUGUCGGAUAUCGAUAGGGUGGCGAUUCACGAGGUGAUGGAGCAGCAGACGGUCACGAUCGCCAAGGCCGGUAUCCACACGAGCUUGAACGCGCGGUGCAGCGUCGUCGCUGCCGCCAACCCCAUCUACGGCCAGUACGACAUCCACAAGGACCCGCACAAGAACAUCGCGCUGCCCGACUCGCUCCUCUCGCGUUUCGACCUGCUCUUCAUCGUGACAGACGACGUCGACGAGACGCGCGACCGGCAGAUCGCAGACCACGUCCUCCGCAUGCACCGCUACGUCCCGCCCGGAGUCGAGGACGGCACGCCCGUCUCAGACAACCUCACACAGCCGCUCGCGAUCGACGGCCCGGGCGUCGCUGCGGCGGCGGCAGCGGCGGACGGCGACGGCGCGGACGCGGGCCCGUUCGAGAAGUUCGAUCCGCUGCUGCACGUAGGGUUUACGCAGCCCAAGUCGCGCACGAGGAGGGGCAGGCAGACCAAGGUCGAGGUGCUGAGUAUCGCGUUUGUGAAGAAGUAUAUUCAGUAUGCGAAGGGGCGGCCCGCGCCCGCGCUGGCCAAGGGCGCGGCGGACUAUAUCGUGAAUGUGUAUGCGAACCUGCGGAACGAGAACGAGGGCCAGGCGAACCAGAAGAGGACCGCGCCGCUCACGGCGCGCACGCUCGAGACGCUCAUCCGGCUGUCCACCGCGCACGCGAAAGCGCGCCUGUCGAACAAGGUCGAGCAGCAGGACGCGAUCGCGGCGGAGGAGAUCAUGCGCUUCGCGCUGUACAAGGAGGUCGCGCGGCGCCAGCGCCGCAAGAAGCGCAAGCCGCACACCGCGAAGGCGGGUGGCGGGGGCAAAGACGGCUCGCAGGACAGCGAGGACGAGAGCGAGGAGGACGAGGACGCCGAUGGGGAGGAGGACACGCAGCCCGCGGCGCCGGAGCGCAUGGGCAUGCCGCAGGCCAAUGGGCUGGCUAGCCAGGACAGCACGCAGGACGCGGCGAUGGACGACGGGCCGUCGUCCGCGGCGCCGGUGGUCCCUCCAGCGGCCGAUGGUUCACUGAGCCAGCAGAGGCUCCAGCUGUUCCGCAGUCGCCUCGCCAACCUGUUCUCCACGCGUCUGCAGGACGAGGAGCAGAUCUUCCUCCGCGAUCUUCUGGAGAUGAUCAACGAGGGUCUGCCCACGGACGCGCUCUUCGGGACCGCCGAGGCAACGGCCGUGUGUCAGGCCAUGUCGGAGGCAGACGAGCUGAUGCUUAGUGAUGGAAUCGUGUACAAGGUUUAAGUAAACUGGGUCCUGCUUGUCUUGGUUUUCUCUGCGUAUCUGAUGCAUUGCUUUCUUGCUGUAACCCGGCGUAGAGUCGCUUUCCCCCCAUAUUGUACACUUACUCAAAAAAAUGUAUACCAAUAAUGUUGCCAGAACCUAUGAACAGGGACAUAACACUGCAGAGCCAGCAGACCAGGACUAAUCCUCACGUAUCCUCAAAAUCGUCUGAAUCUCCUCCAUCUCAAACCCCCCAGACCCCACCUGCGUGACCCCAUCAAUCGCCUCCUUCAGCGCGUCCGCCUCCCCAUACAACGCCUUCUCAACGCGCCCGAAACUCGCGUCGUCCGCAUCGAGCAGACGCCCCGCGACCAGCAGCUUCCCCCACGGCGCCUCCGCGCGCGCGCGCGUCGUGCGCAGCGCGACGAGGCACGUCUCCGCCCACAGCUCGCACUCGGCGUGCAGCGCGUGCGUCUGCGCGCGGGGCAGCGUGCGGUGCUGGCCGCGCGUCAGGCUCGGGCGGUACAGGACCUCGCGCUGGAGAAUGUGCUCGGCGAGGCGCGCGGCGAUGCGCCGGUACACGCGCGUGGUCGUCGCCGGGGGGAGGACGCUCUGCAGUAGCUUGAGGAUGGAGGAGAGGAGCGCGACGGCGGGCAGGAGUGUAGGCGGCACGGUGGUGUUGUCUGUGUCUUCGUGUUGCUGGGAUCCGUCCUUUGGCGUUAUGAUGGCCUGGAUAUGUGGCUUCAGCAGACCUUCGAUCUCGCUGCACGCGUGGCUGACGAGUAUGUCUUCUGCUCGAGAUGCGAGCUUGGAAUACUGGAUGAUCAGCUCCUCAAAGAUGGUUCCUUCCCCUUCGGGAGGUGCCUCGCUGCUUGAAGAAUCUCGUCGUCCAUGCGGGUGGUUUGGAUCGGGCAAGGAUGGAUGUUUCUCAGCGUAUCCGCGAAGGAACGCCCGCCGGUUAAUCUCAGACCAGAGUUCGACGAAGAACAUAUCUUCGCCCCAGCUUUCCAUCGCAGCUUCUAUGUACUUGGCGCUCAAAAGUGCUUUGCAUAGACGCUGGCUGCCUUCUACGCCGCUUGUCAACCGCCUCGUGUCCAUCCUUGGACCAUCCACACCAAGAGCGCCCGGAACAGCACGUAAAAGUGCUGAUGACAAGGUCUCGAAGGCAUCCAGAGACGAAGCUAUACGCGAGUGAU